UCUUCUUUUCUUCUAAUAAAUAAACCUAAGAGUAUCAACAUAAAAUAAUGGUCAAAAAUUCUCGAAAUAUUUCAACAAAAUCAUUUGAUAAUCAUGUUUGGGAAAAGGUAAAAAUUAAAGGAAAUGUUAUUUCUGAUGAUGGUGGAGGAUUUGAAGGCCUAAUUGGAUUGGAAGUUCUUGAAAAUUACGAUAAAGUUUUGGUGGAAAAGGGAAAGAAAAACAAAAGGCUCUCAAAAAAAGAAAAAAAGCAACUUAAAACUGAAACUUCGAAUCGAAAAAGAAAACUUAUUGAAAACAAUUCAGAUUUUAUAGAAAAUGAUGGAGACUGUCCAAUACCAUCAAAAAAAGAAAAGAAGUCGAAGAACAAAUCUACCGACAAAACGAAAGCAGCACAAAAAAACACUCCUGGUAGAUUCGUUCUUCUAAAUCCCAUUCAAAGUGAUGACGAUGAGGAACAAAACGAUAGGGUCAAGGAACUGGAGGGAUGGGAAGGCCUCGGCGUCCCAUUUAAAAUAUUAAAAAGUCUAGCAGAAAGAGGAUUUAAAUCUCCAACUGAAAUUCAAGCUAAAACCCUUCCUGCGGCAAUUAUGGGGAAAAAAGACAUUUUGGGGGCUGCCGAAACCGGAAGUGGAAAGACAUUAGCGUUUGGAAUACCGAUCCUUGCUGGAAUUAUGGAAUUAAAAAGAAAAAACUCAAGAGGUGGUAUUAGGAGGGCACCUAAACAAGCAUUAAACAAGAAUAACGGAGAAGAUCGGGAGAAUUUAUCUCCUACAGAUGAAUUAAACGUUUACCCAUUGCUACAGGAAGAAGAAGAUAGUCAAGAAAAGGAUAAUAAAGAUGACUUUAAGCCCCUUUAUGCGCUUGUAUUGACUCCGACAAGAGAACUGGCUGUUCAGGUCAGGGAUCAUCUCAAAGCAGCUGCUCAAUAUACAGAUAUCAAAGUUGAAGCAGUUUUUGGAGGAUUGUCAAUAGCCAAACAGGAAAGAGUUCUUAAAAGUUGUCCAGAAAUAGUUGUUGCAACUCCGGGAAGGUUAUGGGAGCUGCUGCAACAAGACAAUCCCCAUCUUAGUAAGAUCGAUGAUAUCAGUUUCUUAGUAAUCGAUGAAACUGAUCGAAUGGUGGAGAAAGGACAUUUUGAAGAGCUAAAACUUCUUCUUAAUCGUUUGAAUUCGGACGAAGCUAGAAAACAAGUACGUCAAAAUUUUAUCUUUUCUGCAACUUUGACACUGGUUCAUGAUUUACCGGAUCACUUGCAAAAAAAAAAUUUCGGGAGAAAAAAUAAACUAGUUAAACCGACUCCAGGUUUAAAGAUCCAUAAUCUUAUUGAAGAGCUUGGUAUUUCCCAACCUAAAGUUGUCGAUGUCACAACAAGUGGACAAACUGCUCAUACCCUAACUGAGUGUCGAUUGAUUUGUCCCAUCGAUCACAAAGAUUAUUAUUUAUAUUAUUUUAUUCAACGUCAUCCGGGAAGGACAAUUGUUUUUUGUAAUUCUAUAGAUUGUGUCAAAAGGUUAGCAACUCUCUUUGGAUUAUUGGAAUGCAAACCAUUGCCACUUCACGCAAGUAUGAUUCAGAAACAACGAUUGAAAAACCUUGACAAGUUUAGAGAUAAGGUUGAUGGCUUGCUCAUUGCAACAGAUGUUGCAGCAAGAGGUUUAGAUAUUCCAAAUGUGGAGCAUGUUAUUCAUUACCAGGUUCCAAGGACUAGUGAAAAUUAUGUUCAUAGAUCAGGAAGAACAGCAAGAGCUAAUCGAGAUGGAAUUACUGUCAUGUUCAUGGAGCCUGGAGAAGUGAAAAGUUACUUGAAGCUCUGUAAAACUUUAGAAAGAAAUGAUGAUCUUCCAAUUUUUCCUGUUGCGGAAAGAUACUUGAUUCCUAUUAAACAGCGUGUCAAUCUUGCUCGCGAAGUUGAUAAACUGGAGUUAAAAAUUCGACGUACCCAAUCUGAAAUUGGUUGGAUAAAAAAGAAUGCAGAUGAAAUGGAAAUGAUUCUUGGAGAUAUGGACGACAAUUCAGGAGAGAGUGAUGACGAUGAUGCUUUUAUUAUUGAAAAAAGACGAAAUCGUCAACAUCUAUCCAGUGUUAGAGAAGAGUUGAAACAGUUGUUGGGACAACAAAUCUUUCCAAGAGGCUUCAGCUACAAAUACCCAACAAGCUCAGGCAAGCUAGAAAUGCCCACUAUAGCUGAAACGACCGACGAGAAUACGGCUAACAGCGCAGUUAAAGUUAUGAAAAAAGCAAUUGUCGAUUUGAAUAUAGCAAAAAAACUAAGAAAUAAAAAGAAGAAAUAUUAAUAUGUAAAUAUAAAUAUUGCAAAGAAACUAAAAAAUAUUAAUUUGUUAUCAUAUUGAACUUUAAUAAAGACUUGAAACU